ACAUUGUUUUCGCUCAUCAAUGUUAAACAGUUUUAACAUGUAUGUAAAUGGUCGAUAAUUCGAAGCCAGUCGAGGUCUCUUAUCGGCUUGGAACCGCGCUAUCCAAUAUGCAUGAAAAAAUUAAUUAGACGCAUGUAAUUUCCCGAAAUUUGUCCACAUUUGAGCAUUUGCAGUUCCACGUUAAUUACCACGGCUAACACUGCAACGGAUUGGUCGGUUUUAUUGAGUUUUCCACGUCAAAGUGCAGUUUUAUGCGAAUUUUUGUUCAGGUGGUGGUACUCUCGAAACUGGUUUUCACCUUCGAGUUUAGGAUGCCAACUUAUCAGAUUAGUUGAUAAGAUUUAGGCAGAGCUUAUCUGCGAAAAAAACCAAGCGGUCCGACUUAGUGCAAAAAAUGCUGCGGUGCUGGAUGGAUUAGAGGAAAGAUGGACCAAGGCGAGAGGACAGUUAAGAAAGUGAACCCCAGGCAGAGUGCCUCGAUUGCUUCUAUCAUAUUUUUCUGCUUCACUGCGCCCAUCCUGCGGAUAGGCCGUAGGCGCGAUCUGCAAGAGAAGGAUGUCUAUCGGGUGCUGCCAAAGUUCGAGUCGGAAAAUCUGGGGAACCGACUGGAGAAAACAUGGAGCGACAGCAGGGAAAAGCAGCGAAAACAACCGGAACGAGAGGCGAACCAGAACGGCACCAAAGCGAAUCUCGCGACGAAGAAUCAGUUGGAAAUCAGCAACGUUUCAAUAGUUUCCUGCCUGGUCCGAACCUUCGGAUGGUACUAUUUUGGCCUGGGAGUGCUGCAAUUGGCAAUGAAAACCGCCGUGAUAUUACUGCAGCCUCGAGUCAUAUCGAAAUUCGUCGCCUAUUUCGAUCCAAGCCAGGAAAGCGUGUCCAGAUCCGAAGCCUACAAGUAUGCCGCCUUUGUGAUCCUCGUGAAUGUGAUCUCGUGCAUCUACAAUCACAACUAUCAGCAGCUGAUCAUGGAAUACUCGGUGGCAGUGCGAGCGUCUUUGUGCUCCCUCAUCUACCGCAAAGCUUUGAAGCUGAACUCGGUCGAUUUUUCCGAAAGCUCCUCCAUGGGGAAGGUGGUCACGUUAAUCACUAAGGACGUGCACUCGAUUGACGGAGCAAUGAUGUUCCUGAAUGAUAUGUGGAUUGGAGCGAUUCAGGUGGCCGUGAUCACUUUCAUGCUCUACCGGCGAAUUGGAGCUUCGGUUUUUGUGGGAAUUGGGUUCUUUUUGCUGGUGGUUCCCGUGCAAUCUUAUUGCGGUCGGAAGUUUUCCUUGACCAGACUGGUUGCUGCUAGGAAGGCGGAGGAGAGGAUCCAGCUGGUCAAAGAGGCGCUCAGCGCCAUACGAAUCAUCAAAAUGUACACUUGGGAGAAGUACUUUGAAAAACUCAUCACUCUGGCCAGAAUAAACGAGACUGAUAAACUGAAAAUUAUCUACUACCUGAAAGCCACCAUCCUGACUCUGGGUGGACUGACUAUGAAGGUGGCAUUUUUCUUGCUGAUUAUGACCUACACCUUGAUAGGACAAUCAGUAACGGCGGAAACCGUGUAUUUUACUCAGCAGUGCUUCUUUGUGCUGCGUUCCUGCAUUACCACGUCCAUUCCCAUGGGAAUCAACAAUUUGGCUGAACUGUGCGCUGCAAUGCGAAGAUUCAGACAAUACUUGAACACUCCGGAAUUCCGAGCCCGUAACAUCAAAGAUCUGCCAUCGAACAACCCCAGAGUGUUCCUGAAUAAAGUAUCAGUAAAAAUCCAAGAGAAAAAGGUCUUGAGGUCAGUUUCUCUCGAUGUUGAGUCCGGCCUGCUGAUAGUGACUGGAAACAUUGGCAGUGGCAAAAGUUCGCUGCUAAAAACCAUUCUUAACGAAUACGCCAUUAGUGCCGGUAAAAUUGGAGUGCGAGGCACAAUUUCCUACGCGCCCGAAGAACCUUGGCUGUUUCCUUCGACGAUUCGCCAGAACAUCCUCUUUGGACAACCGUACGAUGAGAAGCGAUAUCAGGAAGUUCUGCAGGUCUGUGCACUCACUUAUGACUUGAACCAAUUUGAGAAACUCGAUAACACCGUGGUGGGGGACAAAGGCAUUAAUCUGAGCAAAGGACAGCAGGCCAGAAUAUGUCUGGCUCGGGCGGUAUAUAAGGACAGCGAUAUUUACUUGCUGGAUGACUGUUUGUCUGCCUUGGAUGCACAUGUUAACAAUCACGUUUUCAAAGAAUGCGUCAGCGGAUUUCUGAGCAACAAGCUGGUGAUUUUGAUCAGCAACAAUGUGAAUAACAUCAGACAGGUCCCUACUGGCAACGUCCUUUUCAUGGAAAAUGGGGAAACGCUGGAUUUGGAUCAGCAGAAAAAGGCUUUGGAUAAGAGAAUUACUUAUUAUAUAGAUGAAGACAAUCCAUACAGUUACGAUGAUGAAGAUGACGACGAAGAUACCAACUCUGAAACUGACGAACUGCUGAAGAAAGAGGCAACCGAGCCCAGAAGAAACAUUUUCCACGAGGAAAACAAGCAAGGCUCGGUGCUGUGGAAGAACUACGUCACUUAUUACAAGUACACCGGUGGAAUAAUGGUGCUGAUUUUCACUGUUUUGCUGUUUGCGAUCUGCCAGUUCGCCUUGGCCUAUUCUGAGAAGCUUCUGAGCCAAUGGGUAAACACUGAAUCGGUCAUCGCCAACUUGGUCAAGCAGAAUGGCACGGAAUCUGGAAAAUUUGAUGCUGCAGUAGACAGAAGGGAGCACCUGCUCAGAUUCUACACAGCUUUUGUUUUAAUAGGCGCCCUGUUGACUCUGCUGCGCUCCUUUUCCAACUUCUACUUUUGCACCCAAGCGGGCAGGAAGCUCCACCAAGUGUUCAUUGUGGGAGUGCUCAAUGCCUAUAUGAGCUUCUUCGACAGUCACUACAUCGGCAACAUUGUGAACAGAGUCUCAAAGGACUUCCACACCAUUGAUGAAAACAUUCCCUUCAUUAUCUACGAGAAUCUUCGGUCGUUCUUCAUUGUGCUAUCCACGAUCGUUCUGAUCGCGUCGGUGAACUUUACCUUCUUGGUUCCCUCAUUUCUCCUUUUCGUUGUGCUGUUCUUCAUUCAGCGCUACUACAUUCCAACUGGGCGGAGCUUGAAGAGGCUGGAAGCAGCUACCAGAAGUCCGAUGAUCGGCUACAUAAACGCGUCGCUGGAAGGUCUGGCCACGGUCCAUGCAUGCCAAGAAGAGAAGCUUCUUCAGCACGAGUUCGACAGACAUCAAGACUUUUACAUUUCGGCUCACUACAUGUCGAAUUGCGCCGUUCGGGCUUUCGCCUUUUCCAUGGACAUGACCUGCAUGGCGUUCAUUUCGUACAUAGUACUGAAGUUCGCCCUUUAUCCUAAUGGAGCAAAUGCAGGAGACGUGGGUCUGGCAGUGACGCAGGCCAUGACCUUAGUAGGUCUUCUGCAAUGGGCAGUUCGCCAAGCUGCCGAAAUGGAAAACACGAUGACCUCGGUUGAACGAGUGCUGGAAUACGCGGAAACUGACCAAGAGUACAACGUGGGCUCCAUCCUGCCCGAUUGGCCCCAGUCGGGCAGUUUACGCUACGAGAACGUUUCGUUGACCUACAAAACAACCGGCGAACGCGUCUUGAAGAACAUCAGCUUCGAAAUCGGCGGAAAAGGCAAGAUUGGCAUAGUAGGCAGAACGGGGGCUGGCAAGUCGUCGAUUAUUUCCGUCCUGUUCCGGUUGUACGACUACGAGGGAACCAUCACGAUAGAUGGCGUGAACAUUAAAAGUCUGAACUUGGAGCACUUGAGGUCCCAUGUGGGGAUCAUCCCUCAAGACCCCAUCCUGUUUAGAGGGACCAUUCGCUCGAAUAUCGACCCCCUGCACCAGCACUCAGAUCAGGACAUCUGGGCGGCCAUCGAGAAAGUGCAGAUGAAGAAGUGGAUUACCAGUUUGUUCCAGGAAAUCGACGACUAUGGGCAAAACUACAGUUCUGGGCAGCGCCAGUUGAUCUGCCUGGCCAGAGCGUUGGUCUGCAGGAACCAAAUCAUCGUGCUGGACGAAGCCACGGCCAGCAUGGACGUGGAAACUGACCAGCUGCUUCAGCGGGCCAUGCAGGAUCACUUUGAGAACUGCACCGUGCUGACUAUCGCUCAUCGCAUGGCCUCCUUUCAGGCUGCCGACAAAAUCCUGGUGGUGGACGGCGGCCGAAUUGUGCAGUUCGAUAAUCCCGCCGCCCUGCUGCAGGACAAGCAGGGACUUUUUUACAAAAUGGUGCAAGACGCCGGCGGUCUUGACUUUGUAUAGACUUUGUUUUUUAUAAACUGUUUUUAGUA